CACAACCAUGGUGCCAACUGCAGCCGCAAGGUGUGGACCCGACCCGUUUCAAAUCCAAACUCUUGAACCUGAUUAUUGAAUAAAACGAGUCUGACAGACCCGUUAGAUUAAGAGAAUGCCCCAGACCGAUUCCACUCACCACUCUCAAUCUCUCUUUCUCUGAAAUCGCAAAGACGGGCUAGGUUUUCCGGCCCCAGCGCCGACUAUCUCUAACACUUCUCCUUCUGCGAUCAACCCGACGCCUCCAUUUCCGGGACUGCCGACGAUAUUCCUACUCUCCGUUUCUCCGCUCAGCCCGACGCCUCCAUCUCCGGGACCGCCUACGAUCUUCCUCCUCUCCGUUCGCUCAGCCCGACACCACCAUCUCCGACACCGCGGACCAUCUUCCUCCUCUCCGUUCUUCGCUCAGGUCGACGUCACCACCUCCGGCACUGCGAGCCUCCGCCGGCGACUUCACCGCUCUUCCAACUCCAUUCUCCUUAGGUUUGAACCCUCCCUCAUUUGCUUGGUUGACAUGGAAGGGAUGAUGAUGAUCCCGUUGAAGGACAUAGCACCCGCAGCUCAAAACAACAUAAACACCCAGUUCAUAGUUUUGGAUAAAGGAAGGGUGACAUUUGAAGGCCCACAAAAGACAUGUUUGGCACUAGUGGCCGACAACACGGCCGCAGUUCAUUUCCAGCUUUGGGGGGACGAGUGUGAAGCCUUUGAGCCCGGCGACAUCGUUCGCUUGGUUAAUGGCAUCUUCUCUUACCAGAGGAACAAUCUUGUGCUGAGGGCCGGCAAGAGAGGGAAAGUCCAAAAGGCGGGAGAAUUCACCAUGGCUUUUGUUGAGACGCCCAAUAUGAGCGAGAUCCGAUGGGUUCCUGAUCCGAAUAACUCCAAGAAGUAUGUCCAGGAGGCUGUUCUUUCCCCUCACUCGCGUAUCUUUCCGCCCAUGCUGUGACUAGUUACCGCCUACUUCAUUGGAACUGGUAUGCAAUAGUUGGAAUUCAACUCUGUUUGAUGGCUUGUUCCAACUUACCCAGAAAAACAGAAAAGAUAGUGAGUUGCCUGCUAGCAUCCAUUUAUUUGUAUAGGGUCUUCUAAGUAGGAAAGAGAGUAUUUUGAAUGUGAUGAUGCUUUUGGGUUGGAGAUUUGGAACAGCAAUGAUGUGUUUUAAGUAAUCAAUU